AUGUCUUCUGAAGCAGGAAUCGCUAGUUCUCUUGUACUAGUGAAUGCAUUUCUCCCCAAAUCAUAUGACUUGAAAGUUUCGGUGGAUCACUCCAAACCGAAUUUUUCGGGGUCGGUGGUGAUUCCAUUGACUAAAAACGAUCAAUGUGUCGAAGAUUCAUCAACAUUUUCCAUGAUCCUUCAUGCUCACAAACUCGUUGUCAUGAAAGCAACUUUGCAAAUGAGUGAUGUUGGCUCAAUUCCAUUGAAAAUUGUCACAUUACGUGAUCGCAUGAUGAUUUCCCUCUCCACUUCAGAAGUUGUAAUGUCUCAAAUCACUGAAAAAGCAUCGCCAACUGUCACAAUCUCAUUCAUGGGUUGUAUCAACAGUAUCAAAACCUUUAAUGAUGACACUUACGGCGUGUUCAAGACAAACUACUCAGACAGUAUUGAAGGUAAGUCAGAUAACUUUGUCAUAGCUACCCAUUGUCAGCCAUUUGGAUGUCGUACUAUCUUCCCUGUUAUUGAUGAACUUGUGAUCAAAGUGCCAAUCAAACUCACCAUCACCACGAAAUCGCUGUUUAAAGCUGUCUCAAAUGCGCUACUCGAAAGGACUACUAUUGUUGAUAUGACAGAGAACUCCGUCUUUGAAUUCAAACCCACUCCUCCAAUCUCUCCUUCCAUCUUUGGGUUUGUUAUUGGUGACCUUGAAUGUGUCGAAUGUUUGGACAGCUCAAUUCCUAUACGAGCAUUUGUUACCAAAGGCGAUGGUCCUUUGAUCAAUUAUGCUCUUAAGGUAGCUGAAGCUCUUCUUCCCAAAUUUGUUGACACGCUUGGCGUUCAGUAUCCUUUAGAAAAGUUUGAUAUCGUAACCCUUCCAUUUUUGAGCGACGGAGUUAUGGAAAAUUGGGGUAUGGUUACCAUUUUCAGAAACAGUGUAUUGAUGGAUGCAAACAAUGCUGAUGACAGCGGAAAAUUCCAAGUACGGCAACUCAUUGCCCAUCAAUUGACCCAUCAAUGGAUCGGUAACUUGGUGACUUUGGAUGAUUGGAAAUAUAUGUGGUUGAUCGAAGCUUUUGCUACAUGGGUUGGAAAUUACCUUUUAUCCUUGGCAAAGAUUGAAAAUUCAGACUUCGCAGAUUACGAGAUUGACAGAGUAAUUCUGAUGGAAUCCUUCAUGGACAAAGAUUGUCUUCUUCAGAACCGUAUUCCUAGUCUUCAUGAGCACAUGAUGAAAUUGAGACUCAAUAAGGAUUCUCGGACAAAUUCCAUAUUUGAGAGAGAUGCUUAUGAAAAGGGUAUGAUAUUAGUGAAUAUGAUAGCAAGCCUUUUCAAAUUCGAACGCAAUGAGGAGUCUUUCAAAGGUUUUUUCCUGGCGUUGAAGAACGUUUUAGAAGGGUGCAAGCACCAAACUAUCAAGCCCUUUGAGUUAUGGCAACAAUUGAAUCUGUAUCUCUCGGUCGAUCUUUUAACCUUUGUUCAAACAUGGACUCAAUAUGAAGGCUAUCCAUUAGUGAAAGUUAAAAUCAGUGGUGAUAAAAUUAAAUUUGAACAAAAUCGAUUUUUCUUCAAUGACGAUGUCAAUAACGUGGGUCUUGAAAAUCCACCGUUUCAUGUGCCGUUGUCACUAAAAAUUUUGACUGAAACUAAGGAGGUAAAACUAGUCAAUCUAAUUCUUUCUGACAGAUCAAUGGAAGUGGAUAUUGUGCCAUCCUCUUUAAUCAGCGUCAAUGCGAAUAAACUGUUUUAUUACAGGACUGUUUAUGAUCCGAAGUUUGUGCCAAUUGUUUUGAAGAACGUGGCUUCCAAUAUGUUGCCCUCUCUUGAUUUAUUCGGAAUCAUCAAUGACUAUGGUAAAAUAUUGGGCCAACCUGAGCCAAGUAUUGAUGCGGAACUUUUUGGUUCUAACCAGUUAAUGACUCUCCUCAAUAUUUGUGACGCACUUGCUUGUGAAGAGUGGGAAGAUGAUUUUAAUGUAUUGAGAUGUGCAUUGGACUAUUUGGAGGUAGUAAACACGACAUUUGUUCAUUUCUCAAGAUACAUUGAGUUUAAAAGGUGGUUGGAUAAGUUCAGCUUGAAGCUUUUCAAUAAAUUGGGAGGAUGGGAUUUGGUUUUGGACUCAGGAAACGAAUACGAUGUUCUGGAGUACCAGGUUAGAAACAUGGUCCUUCAGCUUGCAAGUGCUAGUAAAGAGAGUCAGCUGGUUUGCAAAAAGAUAUUCAAGAGUUUUUUCAAUUCAGGGGUCUCUAAUAAGUUCAUUCCUAAGGAAUUGUUCACAAGUAUGUUCAAUGUUACCAUGAUGAAUGCUAAUAUGAACGAAUAUAAGCAAAUUCUUAACCUUGUGAAGAACUCGAAUGUCUCUUACUUGAAGCACUCCAAUGGUAGCAUCCAAGAUCUUCAGACUGCCGCUGUUUCUUCUCUUUCAUUCACCACUAAACCAGAGUUACUCUCUAAAACAUUGCACUUUGUUAACAAUAACAUUGACUCCAAAUUAAUCGAGUUCGCUUUGAUUGGAUUCAAGUAUCAUUACGAAACAGUGAUAAAGGACAUUAUUUGGGGGUGGUACAAGGUGAAUUAUGAUCAAUGGGUCAAGCGUUCAUUGCGGAAAGGAUCAGACUGGUCCAAGCAGAUUGGAGUAACUGUUGGCAACAUCACGAGGCUAGUUUUGGGGGAAGUUAUGCAAUAUAAACACGAAGAUGCAGAAAAGUUUGUUGCGCAAAAAAGCAAGGAACUCCCCCCACAUCAGCUUUCAGAGCGCUGGGAAGCAGUGGAGGAAGAGAAUGCAGAGAGGAGGGCAAUUGCUUCAUACUACGAGGAUGUAGUCGCACAGUUUUCAAUGUAA